AGGUAUAAUAGCUGCACCCCCAUGGGGCUCUCACAAGCGUUUGGAUUUUUGGCCGUCCGAUCGAGCUGACGUGGCGCGAUCUCGGCCGGCCGUUCCGUCCAGGGCGCGAGGCCCUCGCGCGGAUCCACGUUUUAUCCAUGGGUCGCUAAAAAGCCCACCCUACCCGGCCACGGUCGGCAAAGCCUAGCCGUCUCUCCCAAUCCCCGCGCGUGACUCUCCCCCAAUCCUGUGCCUCCACCGCGUUCCUCUCUGAAAUCACCGGCGCGGGCGACAGGCGGCGCGGCCAACCUCCGGAAGGGCCCGACGGUGCUGGCAAGGAGCGGCGCGGCCGGUCUCCGUAGGGACGACGCGGGUUGGCCUGCCAGAGCAGCGGGGCGACCUCCACAAGGGCUGGCAAGGAGUAGUGCAGCCGAUGGAGGCGUGCGGGAAUAGUGCCGCUGAUGGCGUGUGUGAGGGCGUGCGGGAGCUCGUGCGGCAGCCGGCCAGGCUCCCUCUCCUCCACCCCUCCUUUCCCCCUUGGCCGGAGCAGAAGAAGGCAGCAGGGCCUCCACCGUGCCCCUCCCUACUCGCCCGAUCUGCUCGGCGUGGAGUCCCCGACCAAGCCCCUCUCCAUUAUCCUCUUGCUUGAGGUUGCCAAGGUCGUUCUCGUCCUUGACAACUGCGAGCACGGCAAGGUUGUCUUCUUCCCAGGAUUUCUGCAUCGGUUGGCUGCGGCUGCUCUGGUCGAUCUGUUGUCUGACUGCGUUCUUGGCGAGUCCCCUGUUUCGGCUAUCUCUGCAUUCUUGUCCACGCCUAUAUGAAUUAGUAUAUAGUCGGUUAGCUCUUUCCGUGUUUUGCCUUCCAUAUAUGCUGCAGAAGUAUGGUGGCUCGUAAUAGUAAUAGUAGCCUUAAGAUUUCACGGACAGAUGUGUAUAGAUGCUGCAAGCCAACGAUUUUACAAGUCUGGGCAUGUCAAACAUUGGUUAAUUUUUAAAUGGAAAAAUAUGUUUACUUAA